AUGCAUAGCAUUUUUAAAGGUAACAUGGACUGCAACAUCGAUAUUGAAGAACACGACAUCCUGGAGCAUCCGAUGGUGAAAAUGAAUGUACUCGUUUUGAAAACGGAGACUCUGCACGAUGAAAGAGAAAAAUCCGCCUUAGAAAAACCCAAACUAACACCCGACUUUCAAGAAAUCGACACCAAGCCGAUUAUCCACAACAAAAUCAUCUUGGGCACUAAAUGUCCCAACAAGAUUAUCUUAGGAUCGCGACUGAAACCGAAAGAGAAAGACCCUUAUUCCGUGCUAGUGUCCGUCAUCGACUGGCGAUACCUCCUCGAUAGAAACCCACUCUUCUGCAAGGAGUGUGGAAUUCUGUUCUCCACCCGCAACACGUACGACGCCCACAGAACGAGCGAGCACUCCCUCCUGGAGGUUAGAGGACGUGUGGACGUAGACACCCACUGUAGCGACACGGGUCCCCUGAAGUGCUACGUGUGCGGUUACGUGCUCAAAACCCGUCGUUUAUAUGACUCGCAUAUGGCAACCCAGCACAGUACCGAUAUAGAACCAUCAGUCCGAGCAGACGGUCGACCGGCGCGCGUCUUACGAUCGAAAAGCACCGUCGAGAAAGCGAACGUCGCCAAGAAGAGUACCGCCAAGCCCACGAGCCUGUACGAAGCGCUCAACAUUGAGACGAGACUAGAUCCUAGGCCUAAGAAGGUAGAGUACUUACGCUGUCCCGAAUGCGGUUUGUACUUCAAGAUGGUCGGGAGCUUCCUGGGUCACUGCGAACGGAUACAUAAAGUAGUACCCUCGAUUGAGCGGGUCGAUUUCGACGGCCGCUGCCGCUGUGGCUAUAAGAACGACUGCUAUGCUACGUUCAAUCAGCACGUGUACGACAAUCAUAUCUAUCGACGGAUACUGAUGAAUCCCGACGGCCCAAAGUCUCCGCCGGCAGAGCCGAGUUCUAAUCGCACGAAACCGCUAACCUUACUGAAACCCUAUAAGCCCAAGGAAUCAGUGGUGAUACCGAACACUACGAUCUUCAAGUGUCCAAAGUGCAAUGUCCACUUUCCAUCUUGCCGGGUCGCUUACAACCACUUCGUGCGGUGCAGAAACCUCUUUACCGAUAAGCAAACUUGUGGCCGAUGCGACCUCACCUUCCGCAAUUCCGACGUGAGAAUUCACGAACUACAGCACCGGCUCAGCGAUUCCAUCACAAUAAUAGAACUCUCCAAGGAAAUUUUCCACCGUAUAGUGCUGGUUUGCGCCGAUUGUCGGGUCGGCUUCACGGGUAAAUUGAAUCAAUGUCAUAAGAAUUGUAACUCACCCGAGACUUUUAAGUGCGAAAGAUGCAACUUGUAUGUAGAUCGGCAAUCGCAAGCCAAACACGAGAAAAUACAUAGCAAAGGAGAGGAUGCUACGAUAGUGGAAUUCGUGUGCCUUAGCGCCGAAGUUCUGUGCGGCUGGCGGGACAAGGAUGUCCUCUACUAUUGCACUAUAUGCGAUUCCUACGAUGUCAUAGCCGAUUUGGAUUACCAUAAAGAUUUUUGUGUGCGAAACAAAACUUUGAGGUGUGAGUCUUGCGGACUUCGAUUCAGCACAGCCGCGCACGCGCAACACGCGAGGGAGCACGAUACGUUUGAGGUGGAAAAGUUAAGAAUUUACGAUAUGCACACCAGAAAGACGAUUAAAGCGAAUACUACACCGGGUGUAUCUAGAUUGAAGAGACGCAUGAGUAAGAAACACGAUGUCGAUGCAUUUUCUACUUGUGCGGAGCGAGAACCCAAAAUGCAAAAGUUAUCCCAAAACGUCGCUACAGGCGUCAAUAUAAGUUCGGACAUCAUGCAAACGUACCUCGCCUCGCAGUCGCUCUGGAAUAUUUUAUAUCAAUGCCAAGCGUGCGAUGUUGUCUACGACAAGUACGACUUAGCCGUGGAGCACAGCCAGGACCACUUGAUUCAGAGCGCUUUUGAGGCGCCCAGUGAAAGGUGCUCCAAAUGCGAGUUCUUAUAUGACAAAAAGGUUCUCGAAAGGCAUCUAGCAUUACACAGCGGGGCGGAGAUCGACCAGAGUUCGUUUCGUUUGCUGAAAUUCGACUAUAUGAAGCUUUUAAACGACGCCUGGGAUGAUAUGUUCGCAAGCAUAGCGGACGUCCAGCGACGGCAUAUACUAGCGAAGAGCGUUUACGAGAAGGAGCGGGGCCUUCGCCUGGAGUUAAAAUUCGAUGGCCCCGCAGACAACACUAAUUUCGUUUGCGCCAGCUGCGACGUCGUGGUGGACGUGGAAGAUCUACGUAUUCACGCGGGUUCUCACCGGGCGUGCGUAAAAGAUACUAAAUUCGCCUGUCCAAAUUGCGAACUGUCAUUCGCGUCGAACACCGCCCUCGCUCGCCACAAAUCGUCGCCUCACGGCGCCAAGACGCGUAUCAUCGCCUUCAACAGGACAGACCAUCACUGCGCUAACGUCGCACUGCUCAAAGCCUACGAAGACAUCGAAGCCACGAGCGAGAAUCGUGAAACCGAUGGAGUACCUCUGUUCAAAUGUUCUUUUUGUAAUUUGGGAUACCAGACAUUAAAAGGGACACGGUAUCACAAGUGCCCCGGAACCGGCGUGCCAUGUCGACAUUGCCGCGUGCUAUUCACCAGGAAGACGAUAAAGAAUCACGAAGCGUUACAUGAGGCGGGGCUACAAAUUCGCUUAGUCACCUUUCAGAGUAAGAGAAAUCCAGCGGCGAACGAAACGGCCGACCGCCAAUGCCAUAGCCGUCAGACCCCUGUCACGAGCGUCAAAGGACAUUCGCGGACCGACAGAAGUCGUCACGAUGAACGAAAACUUGGCGAGGACAGUUUUGCCGACGCAGAACGCGCCUCUCUCGAAGCGCGUAGGGAUAUCGUGUACAAGUGCGACUGUCGUCUUUUAUUCAUGUGUCGCGACAAGUUCCUGGAGCAUCGCAGCGUGUGCGACAAAGACUUGUACGCCAUCAAGUGCAAGUGCGGUCUCCGAUUCCACAAGAAUUCGUUGCAGGCGCACUUGAAGGCGCACGCCAAUUGCGCAUCCGUUAAGAGACACCUCGUCGCCACCGUAGAAUUGGGCACGAGCGACACGCGAAACCCGAAACACUGGUUGUACGUUUGCGCCGUUUGCGGCACCCACUCCUCGACCGUCGAAGCUCUGAACUGCCGCUUGCACAAAAGGAAACCUACCGUGCAGCAAUGCACGCUCUGUAGAGUGAAUUUUCCGGCGGGGACGUCGAGACACCACGUGCGAAUGCAUCACAAGGAGCUGAAGCUAAACGUGAAGAACCUUCACAAGGUAGUGUUGAGCGCGAUCGGCGUCGAGGACCUGAGGAAUAAUAGAAGCGUACCGCAGGCGAACGCGGCGGAACCUACCGGGCCAGUGCUGCACAGAUGCGGCGACUGUGAUUUACACGGCCGAGCGCACGCCGCGGGGAAGGAGAUGCGCCAAGCCGCGUGCGAAAUAUGCGGCAUGCUGUUUUCCACCAUGAGUCUGCCGCUGCACAAGAAGUACCAUCACGCGCAGCACGGCAAAGUCAACGCUAUACCCCGGAACCGCGGACGAAGCAGAGUCGCGUCUUCUCCCAAAGUUUCGACCGUAAAAUCGUCGCGCGAAUUUUUGCCUCCUUCUAAUACUGAGAGAAGAGCCAUCCCGGAAGCGUCUCUUUUCAAAUGUGGCGUUUGCAACGUUUACUUCCUGACGCGAGACAUGUGCUACGACCACGCGGUCGACCAUAAACGGCUGGACCCCACGGAGUAUAUCGGGUGUAAAAUGUGCGACAUGCAACUGUUGUGCGAAUGCGUGGGCGCUCAUAUGAAAUCGCACAGGGAGGGUAGUUUUAAGUUAGAAGGCUUAGUGAUCACCGAGUUCAUGCCGGGUGACAAUGGGCCAGCGGCCGAUACCUACUUGGCGGUGGAAAGGAUGGACCACUUGAUUAGUACCACGACGAAUUGUGAUUAA